UGGAAGCCACUACACUUUCCCAACAUUUCGGUAUGCAACGCCCCAAACUACGGGAGGAAAACACUCUAGCUGUUGCUAUCUCCACCCCACCGAAGCUGCUAUAGCUUGGACUGAUAAGCCAAGUUGAUAGAUGAAAUAUCAGUCGAAACGUCAUUUUUUAAACCGUAUUUUCUCUACACCGAGGGGGUUUCCUCCACCGAGCCAAAAUCUCACAAAAGGCCGUCACUGGACAUUAACGAGCCGCCGGAGAAGCUAUCUGUGUGUCUGGAGCAAGGACUAAAACAUACAGACCUAGGCCUCUUCGUUCUCUGUUCAUCAAACGGCAGUUUUAACACCAUAAUACGGUGUUAUAACAAACACAGCGGCGCGAGGACCGUGAUUUCCUUCUCCGCUUGGCCAUGCGAGGAGCUCGGAUGUCCGCAGAAGAAUGUGUCGGUCUCUCCCGGCGUUAGCUCUGCCACGGCUCCAUGGCCAACAGUAACAACAUGCUCCUGGCCUCUGCCGUGGUGGUGUGGGAAUGGCUGAACGAACACGGCCGUUGGAGGCCAUACAGCCCGGCGGUAUCCCACCAGAUAGAGGCGGCCAUCCGGAGCAGCGACCCCCGCGGAGGGAGCGUUGUCCUCGGCCAAGUGGACAGCCGGCUGUCGCCUUACAUCAUAGAUCUCCAGUCCAUGCAUCAGUUCAGACAGGACACAGGAACCAUCCGUCCGGUGCGAAGGAGUUUUUAUGACCCAGCCUCGGCGCCAGGUCAGGGCUGGCAGUGGGAGUGGGAAAACGAUGCAGGGACAUGGACGCCCUAUGACAUGGAGGUGGCCAUCGCCAUCGAGAGUGCCCACAACCGCCAACAGCCCUGCCUCGACCUGACACCGCUCGGCUUCUGCUACCUCAUUGAUUUCCAGAACAUGACACAGGUGAACAAACAGAGCCAGAGAUGUCGCAGGCUGCAGAGGCGAGCAGACUUGGCCUACCCUUUAGUGUCUGGGCCUCUCCCGCUGCCUAAAGGAGGAGGUGCAGGAGGAGGAGGUCUAACUGGAGCUCUGCUGGGUGUUGGAGUGUCAGGGAGCAGUAUGGGGAUUGGAAACUCUCUGUACCCCAAUGGAGGCUUAGCAGCUACUGGACUGGGCCAGCCGUGUUCCUGUCAGCAGUGCAUGCUUGUACUGAGUGUGAAGGCCAACACAGGGGGAGCAGGAGGAGGUGUUGGAAUUCAGACACUUAGUAGACGCUCACUGACCAUGCAGCGGCCCAAGAACUCCGCAUCUUUCUCUGCUAAACCUCUUAGUCCAUCCAAAUCAGCCACUCUGGGACGAGGGCAGCAGCAGAACUCAAACUCAAACUCCAACUACUAUCAGACGCUGCCGCACGGCCUCGCCAUCUCCAAAAACGUCGCCUCCCCUAGAAGGAAUGCCCAGCUCUUCGCCCAAUCGCUUGCUGCCCUCACUGCUGGCACGUCCUCUCUUGGUAUCUCCUCGUCUUCCAACAGGCCGCCGCCACCAUCCCUCCCGCCUCCUCAGCCUCCGUCAGCAAACCCAAACCAGAUCCCUCCGUCCAUCCCUCCUAAGCUCUCCUCAUCUUCAGCCGCCAGCGAUUCAGUGCCAACCGCCACAUUAAUCACCCCUGCCAACAGCGUUACCACACCACCUUCUCCCGUGCCCUCUCCCUCGCCAGUGGUGAUGAAGCCGCAGCGCAGUGCGUCGUCUGCAGCAACAGUGUGCCAUGCCCCGUUGCCACAGAGAUCAAGUUUAGCUGGGCUGAGCAGACCGGCGUUACAGAGGAUAGCGAUGGCUCAGUCCAGAGCGCUCAUAGCAUCAGGUGUGCCCACCGUCCCAGUGAAGAACCUUAACGGAUCCAGUCCUGUUCACCCUGCACUGGCAGGGAUCACAGGAAUCCUGAUGAGUGCUGCUGCUCUGCCCGUGUGCCUGACCCGGCCUCCUAAACUCGUGCUGCACCCUCCGCCUGUCAGCAAAAGCGACAUCAAGCCUGUGCCAGGCUUCGGACACUGCUGCAGGAAGACCACCAAGAAGCAGGCUCGCAAGGGUAAAACUCCAGAGGAGGUGGUGAAAAAGUAUCUGCAGAAAGUAAAAAGCCCACCAGAGGAGGACUGUACCAUCUGCAUGGAGCCGCUAGGGGGCCCGUCUGGAUAUAAGGGUCCGGGGGUGGGGCCUGUGUCUCGAGCUGAGUCAGUGGGACGACUAGCACAGUGUGGACACCAGUACCAUUUCCAGUGUCUGGUGGCAAUGUACAACAAUGGCAACAAGGACGGCAGUCUUCAGUGUCCCACCUGUAAAACCAUCUACGGCGUGAAGACGGGCAACCAGCCAGCAGGGAAGAUGGAGUACCAUGUCAUCCCCCACUCUCUGCCCGGGCAUCCCGACUGCAAAACCAUACGCAUCAUCUACAACAUCCCACCAGGCAUUCAGGGACCAGAGCAUCCGAACCCAGGGAAGCCCUUCACUGCCAGAGGCUUUCCCCGACACUGCUACCUCCCAGACAGCGAGAAAGGACGCAAGGUACUCAGACUGCUCCUGGUAGCGUGGGACCGCAGGUUGAUCUUCUCAGUUGGUACUUCGAACACUACAGGAGAGUCUGACACCGUCAUCUGGAACGAGGUUCACCACAAGACGGAGUUUGGCUCCAACCUGACAGGCCAUGGCUUCCCAGACCCCGGACACUUGGACAACGUCCUUGAGGAGCUGCGAGCUCAGGGCAUCACAGAAGAUGACGCACUGAUGGAGAAGUGAAAGGACGAGUGGAGACAACAACAGAGAGGAGAAAUGAAGAUGAUGAAAGUUUAAACAGCAGAAGAAGCCAGGGGAGGAAAAGAGGAAGUCCUGGAACCGAGACGGACACUUUCUCUGCCAGCACUUAAAGAAAACGGGGGUGCCGGGGGGAUGUUACAGAAGAUUAAUUUUGUUUUGCAGAGGUAACUACUUUUCAAGAUGUCGAUUGAGUCACUGCUGGGCUUGCCUGUCAAUGCGGGUCCGUCUGAACAUCAGAAGUUAAGAGGGGGUUUGAGAAGGCUGCAGCACAGACAGGGAAGAAACAGAGGAAGAGGAGGAUCACACUCAUGGUUUUAGCCUCCACAGCUAGGUACUGAACAUGGAGAAGUGAGAAUGAAUUGGUACUAAUACCCAAGUUUACUUUACUUAGAGAAAGAGAAACCAGGAAAAGACGGUCAAAUGUUAGAGCAGUUCAAAGAAAACUGGAAAAGAGAGGAAAAAGAAAGCGAGAUGAGGGGGAGGGGGCAGGAGGAAGGAGAGAGAGAAGGAGGGACGUAGCAGAAAGAUGGAAAGAUGGUGAACGAAUGUAGCGUAGGAUAGGGGUAGAGUAAAACUAACCUGUAUGGUACUUUAGAGAUCACUGAUCACACAAAGAAACCAAGAGUUACUGAGGAAAAUGUGCCAGCUUGUGGCUGAACCGUGGUGCUGCUGCUCCCUCUUGUGGUGAUUUUGAUGAACUACACUUUGCCUGGAAGCUACUGGAACAAAUCCACAUGUUGCUGAGUUAUCCACCCAUGUUACUUUUUAAAUUUUUUUAUCAUUGUUACUAUAAUCCUCAUGUAAUGUCAUUCCAUAUUUUACCUCCUCUGUUUGACUCGCUGGGUUUUUGUACGACCUGUUUGUUUAUGACUGAGCGUGACACGACAAAAGACCAAACUAAGGCCGAGUCAUUCGGGCCUUUUCAGAGUCUUACUAUGAGCCACUGUGGUACAAGUUAACCUUAGAUAUAUCUGUAUUUUGUUUUUAUUCUUUAUGACGGUACACAUUUAUCAUGUUGCUGUUGUGUCCCUCUAAAGAGAGGCACGAGUCAGAAAAACAAGCUGAUGAUGUUUUAGGGGGAUGUUACUGAACUACGAGCCCCUCAGAUUGGGCAGAGUGUUGGUAGAAAGGGGAACAUGGAGAGGGCAAGAGAUAAAACACAGGAAGACAAAAAAAAUGCACAACUGGACUUUCUUCUGAUGCAGAGAACGUUUAAUGGGCUGUGCAGUUACUUAUUAAGCAUCAUUUAAGGAUUGAGCGGUGCACAGUGCCUCCCAGUGUUGAAAACUGAGAAAAAAAGAGCAAAGCAUUAAAAUAGAGAAUAUUAAACAUCAUCAAAACACAUGGCAAGAAAUAUACUCCAGCAGUUACAUCCAUCAUUUGAUACUAUGACCUCAAUGAGUCAAUAAAUAUUCUUACAGGUGAGGUUUUCAGGAAACCAAGAGUUAUAUUUUAUACAUUUAAAGACCAGCAAUGGGUAGCACCAACACUAGCUGUGUGUAAGUUCUAAUGUAAUCAAGUUUGUAUGUAAGUUCUUACUUAUGACAGAGUUUAUGCUCCACUAACCUCCAAUUUUCACAUACAAUGGCCGGCGAAGCGCACUGCAGAUCAAAUUGCUCCCGCUCUAGUUGAUAGAAGCAGUUCAAGUGCCUGUCCGGCUUCAGCACAUCCCUAAAACGCCACUUUACUCCUGCUUUGUUGGAAAUACGCUGCAGGUCUGUUUGUAGCUGGCUGCUGCCAAACCACAUCAACCACGUAGAGCAGAUCAAUCCAAACAGCUGGAAAAAAUGUGCGACAUAUCCAGUUAAUCCCAAAAUAUAACACAAUGCAUGGACUCAAGCAGUGUUAAUUUUGUAGACUGAAACUAUGACUACAAAUGUUCGUCUUCAGCCUUUUUUUCCCAUGACAAAAACUAGACUAAGACUUAACAAAAAUAGUUCUCUGAUGACUGAAACCGACUCAGAGUAAGUCUGGAUGACUAAAUCUAGACUAAAAUGUAUUAAAGUUUUUGUCAGACAUUCAAAAUCUGUGAUAUUUCUCCACUGUGGGUAAAUCUGUCAACAAACAAUGCAGCUGUAUCUAUUCUGCCUCUCAUCUGUAGAAAGCAGGUACCCCAAUUUUGGCAGAGUGCAUAGAACACACUACCAUGACUUGGUACCAGAUUUAGGAAAGAAAAUAAAUUUUUGGACUAAAAAUAAAGACUAAAAAUUGAGGACUUUUUAUGGACUAAAACUAGACUAAAAUGUUCUGAGUUUUCGUCAACUAAGACUAUACUAAAACUAUAAAGUAUAAAAAUGACUAAAAUGUUACCAAAAGUAAAAUGCAUUUCAUUUAAAGACUAAAACUAAGACUAAGAUUAAAAGUAGCUGCCUAAAUUAACACUGGGCUCCAUCACUACAUCAACAUUACGUCUCAUCCUGCAGCACAAGCAAAAGGUCAUCAGGAGGUCACAAUUAUCACAGCACCAUUGAUGAGGAGUUGUUCACUUCUGAGUUAGAAAACCACAGAAUUUUACAUGAAACCACAGAUUCUUUGUAGCAAACAUUAACCUUUUAACUACAUAACAUACUCACCUAUGGAAGCAAUAAAAUCAUGGAAUCAUGUCAAAAUGAACUCAACACAUAACACAACACAAUCCACUUUUGACCUGCUACCCCUGUAUGAACUCAGUCUUCCUGUGAGCGCUAUCCUCUUGUCUCAAGCUGAUCAGGUCUGCGCUCUGUCACAUCACUCUAGACACACUCUUCAGCGUGUGCAGUCACUCACCUUGGGUCAGAGCUAAACUGUGGCGCUGCAGAGCAUGGAGCAGUUGCUGUAUAUGGAAAUUAGUGGUUACAUUUAAGGUGUUCCAUCAGCUGAGAUAGUUUCAACGUAGGCUUGAAAGGUAUGGUUGUUUAAAAAGGUGGGAUAACUCAGAGGGCGAAGAGAAGCAGAGAAUUUUACUGGCUGUUUGGUGUUAGCAGUGCGUUUUCUGUGCUGAAUGUCUCGCACCAGCAACACAGUCAGCUUGAUCACACAGACUCAUAAUGUGUCCUGCCAUGCAGUGCCCUGGUAGUAUUUUCUUCUGUCUUUUACAAUGAGAGCAAAGAACGAGGAAACAGGUCGCUAACAAGUGCCAACGCUGUUGCUUUUGACUGCGAUUUUUAACUUUGGUUUUAGUUCUUAGAUUAAAUGCCUUUAGUUUUAGUUACAUUUUAGUCAUUUCUACCCAUUAUAGUUUUAGUCUAGCUUUGGUUGACGACAACUCAGAAGCAUGUUAGUCUAGUUUUAGUCCAAUAAAUGUUCUUACAUUUGAGUCUGUACUUUUGGUCCAAACAUUUAUUCUCCUUCCUAAAUCUGGUACCAAAUCAUGUUGGUGGGUUCUGUGCACUCUGCAAAACCUGGGUUCCCUUCUUUACCAUAAUUUUCAUACUUGGUUAGUUAUUUUUAGUUAUUUUUAGCUGUUAGCCUGUUUAGAGACGACAGGCAUCACUUUAACAAACACUGCGUUAAAAAUGCUUUUCACUGAUUGGUUAAAUGAAGUGAAAAUGUCAUAUCUGCCACAAUAUUUCUGUUAGUUUAGAUGUAAAUUUCCUCUAAUUCAGCUCAACCUCAGCGUCUCUGUGGUGCCACCAAACUAUGAUAGGACUUAGGUUAUAACUUAGUUUCAGCGUAGGGUUUACUCUGGAUGUAACGCCACAUUAAGACAGAACUUACACAGAGCUGGUGCAGCAGAGCAUCAUGUGACAGCUACACAUUAUGAUGAAUGAGGCAUUAAUUUGGCCAUCAGUAAUGACUGGAAUCCUCCUCUCCUGACCGAUUAUCGACACUCUGCCCAGUCUCAGAGUUGGGUCUGUUAAUGACCCUUUAUUAAAGCCGUAUGAGUGUUUGUAUGUGUGCGUACGAGGAUCUGUGUACUGUGUAUGCUACCAACAUGCUCCCAGUUUAAGGUCUUAUUACGGUCCUCCACAGAAAUCCCAUCAUCCUCUACCUAUGAUGAUGGUUCUACCUGUUCAGUAACUUUUUAAUUUUUAAUAAUAUGAAUUAUAGUUACACUUUUCUUUUUAAUUAGCAUUUUCUUCACAUUAUGAUAGAUUAAUUUCCAUUUUGUACAUUUAUGUUAUGUCAAUUAUGCCCUGUUUUAUUAUGCCCUUCCAUCUUUGGUUUACAAAGACAGUAUUGUGAAAUACAAAGUCUUUUUUGUCAUUGUGUACAGACGUUAAGCUGAUUUGCAUCGUCUUUUCUUUGGAAAAGGAUUCUGAUGGUAGACUUUUAUCUGAGUGUGAAAUGUAACGGCAAGUUUAAACAAAAAUCCUUGUACACUUGCUCUGCUGUGAGGUAAAAAUUUUCAUUUUC